AUGGUCGACUACAAGGGACAAGAGCGCGCAGAAACUCUGCUAGUGGUGUGCUUUGUGAUCAUUUGCACACCUGCCUGGAUAUACGGCUACUUUCAACAGGAUUUCACGUAUCCGUUUCAUGCAUGGCUUGCUGCUACACUCAUUGGCGCCUUGUUGGUCUUGCCUAACUGGCCGAUAUACAAUCGACAUCCGGUUAAGUGGUUACCAAGCGCUAUGUACGUCAUCAAAAGGAGCAGUUAA